AUGAGUUCAUCUCUGCAAAUCUGCCGCCGCUUUGUGCUAGCCUCCGGCGCGACGUCAGGAAUCGCCGUACUUUCGCUCGGAGUGCGACUGCAGUCGAUAUCGCUUUCCCAGGACCACACUGAUCCAUUUCUCGGCGUGCUCGUGUUCUUUCAACACCAAUUCUCGCCAGGGUUCGAGGUGUUCGGGAUUGCCGUAGGGGCGAUCAUCGCGUCCACCGCGCUUGUCAUGCUCGUGGUCGACCAUCUGCGCACGGGUGCCUUCACGUCCAUGGUGGUGGUCGAGCUCGUCUGGUCAUCGAUCCUGGGGGUGUUGUGGUUCGCCGAGGGUGUGCUCGGCGCGCACUUGACGGCGCUCAACUUCGACAAUUUCUCUUGCGACGUGUUCACCGGGUCCCUCCAAGAGGUGUGCAACGAAACACAGGCGAUAAUGGGGAUCGCGUUCGGGGUCUGGAUCAUCCUGCACAUCUACGCGAUUACCCUGCUUGUCUUCGCGCUCCGCAACAAGUCGCGUUGCGCGUCCAUAUGGACCUCCUCCCUGAAACAACACGCCUCCCAGGUUUCCGAAGAACACACCGUCAUACAGGGCUUUAUGCCCCUCGUUAUGACACAGUCGGAGCCCGAGCCGGAGCCCGAGCCGGACCAAUGUCCCGCUCAAGGGAAGCAACAAUCUGAAAUGGUGCAGACUCCGUCAAAUGCAGCGCCGACCCUUGCGCCGAGCUCGCGAGGGGACUCGGAUGCGCCUCCCCCAUACCAGUAUUACCAGCCCCCGAUGGGCAUCAUGUAG